UCUGUAUGUGCAGUGGAGGUGGCAGCUUGGAUCUCUCCUGCACAAUAGCGACUUGACCUCGCUGCCGUGCUCUGGAGGUGGACUACGAAUUACGAAUAUCCAAAACACUAUUUAUGCCUCUGAAGACAAGCUUGUGGAGAGAUGGUUCUCUCUCUGAUUUUUCUUUGCGAAUACUCUGGACUUGCCCUUCGGACUUGUUUAUCCUGAUUACUGGAGCUCAAGAGGUCCACGGCUACUAUAACACAUUCUGCUCUCCGUCAACUCUCUGAGCAGUGUAAGUGCUGGAUCAGGAUGCUGUGGACCAGGAGGCUGUGGAUCAGGAUGCUGUGGCGCAUGCUGCUGGCUCUCUCGGCGCUGUCUGUCUGGCUCCCUGGGGCCCGAGGAGGGAACGUGCUGGUGUUCCCCGUAGAUGGCAGCCACUGGGUGAACAUGAAGGUCAUCGUUGAGGAGCUGCACUCCCGAGGCCACAGCAUCACUGUAGUGCGAGCCUCAAACAGCUGGCAUAUUAAAGAGGACUCCCCCUACUAUACCUCACAUACCAUUGAAAUGGGUCUGUACCAAGACAGUGUUGUGGAUGAACUGGCAUCUACACUUCUGCAGUUGCGGAUGGAAGGCAGGUCCUUCUUUAAAGACAUGGCGCUGGGAAACUCAGUAGUAGAAAGGUUCUCUGAGAUGCAUCGGGACAUCUGUACAAUGGUGGCCACGAUAUUUGAAGAUGAGCAUCUGAUGCGGUCGCUGCGGGACGCUAAAUACGACCUGGUUCUCACAGAUCCUGCUUUUGGGGGCGGAGUGUUCUUAGCGCGCCGCCUUGAGCUGCCGCUGGUGUUUAACGUGAGAUGGACCGUCCACGGCGAGGCCCACUUCGCCAUCGCUCCCUCCCCUCUCUCCUACAUUCCUUUCCCAGGAGCUGAGCUCACAGACAAGAUGACCUUCUCUCAGAGGGUUGGGAAUAUCAUUACAUUCACUCUCAGUCACUUCAUGUACAAAAGAAUGACUGAUACUCACUAUACAGCUCUCUGUAAACAGUUCUUUGGGCCUGAUGUCGACUACUUCUCCUUGUUCCAGGAUGCUGAUAUCUGGCUCAUGAGGAAUGACUUCACCUUUGAGUUUCCACGCCCAACCAUGCCCAAUGUGGUCUACAUGGGUGGGUUCCAAUGCAAGCCUGCUAGACCACUUCCUGUUGACCUGGAAGAGUUUGUCAAUAGCUCUGGGGAGCAUGGGGCCAUUGUUAUGUCCCUGGGUACUUUGUUUGCUGAGCUCCCCAGUGACAUCGCAGAGGAGAUUGCGGCAGCUUUUGCUCAGCUUCCCCAAAAGGUCCUCUGGAGAUACACAGGGCCCAAGCCCUCGACUCUUGGCAACAACACUUUACUAGUGGACUGGCUGCCCCAAAAUGACCUGCUGGGACACCCAAAGACUAAAGUGUUUGUAGCCCAUGGGGGCACCAAUGGUGUCCAAGAAGCAAUCUACCAUGGUGUCCCGAUACUUGGCUUGCCCCUAGUGUUUGAUCAGCCAGAUAACCUGUCCAGAAUGGUGCGAAGAGGAACAGCUAAGGUACUGGACAUUGCCACUCUGGACAGAGCAGAGCUUGUGGAGGCACUAAAGGAGGUGCUGUAUGAGCCGUCCUACAGGGAGAACAUGCAGAGGCUCUCCAGGAUCCACCAUGACCAGCCCAUGAAGCCUCUGGACCGUGCUAUUUUCUGGAUCGAGUUCGUCAUGAGGAACGGAGGUGCCGGUCACCUGCGCACCCAGUCCUUCAGGAUGUCCUGGAUCGCUUAUCACUCUAUAGACGUCAUUCUGACUCUGCUCACGGCUCUGCUGCUCUUACUGUUGAUUACGGUCCUGGCCAUCAAAAAAUGCUGUUCACUUUUAUUCAGAAAGAAACUUAAAAGUGAGUAAUGAGUAAUUGAGUAAUUUUUAUUCAACAAUGUCACAGUUACAUAGCCCUUGGUGAUUUCUUUCCAAACACUUUUGUCAUAUUUUUGUAUUAGCUUGUAAUUCAGAAAGACACUUUUAUUCAGAAAGAAAGUCAGAAGUGAGUAAUGCUCAAUAUGGGGUUCCAUGGUUAUCAUACUGUACGUACAGUGUGGUUGCUCAUUAACAUGUAACAUAGCAAUGCUGUCACUACAUAACAUCAUCUGCAGCUUACUGGGGCUGCAACGAUUAAUAUUAUUUGUUAACUAUAUCAGUUGGCAACUAUUUCGAUAAGCAAUUAUUAGGCUUGUAUCAUUUUUAAGGACAAUACAUGAAAAUUCUCUGAUUGAAGCUUCUUAUUUUCUUUUCUUUUCACAUUAGUGUAUGCUAUUGAAUUUAAUUAAAUGGAAUGGAAUGCCUUUAUUGUCAUUGUACUUUACAAUACAACGAAAUUAGGAGCGCUACUCCACUGGGUGCACAGAAUAAACACAAUAAAUAAUCAUUACAGCACACAUAAAACAAUAACAACAGUAAAAGAGCAAUGAUCAGAUAAGUGCGAGUAUUAAAUUGCAGGAGGUGACAGUAAUUGGCUGGAUUUACUAUGUGAUUAUUUGAUGCAUAAAGUCAGUGAUGGACAGACAGUAGCUUGAAGCGAAGCCCAGUCCUUCCCCUUCAUAUAAAUCGGCUGUUUUGGCAGGACUGGAUGUGUCUUUUAGGAACUUGUAAAUAAACAGAACAUGUGAAUCCAG